AUGGGGGAUCUCCGAGCGUCGGCGCCCGCCCUGGCCGGGGCGGCCGACGGCGCCGGCACCUGCGAGGACAGGCCGCCCACGAGCGCCGUCGGGGAGGGAUCUCUCGGGGCGUCUGGGCUCGGCGUGGGCGGUGCAGCCGCUGGCAGCGCAGGCACCUCAGAGGAGGGGCCGCGGUCCCCGAGCGCCGAGGAGGUUCUCGGAUCGCCGCCGCCCGCCACGGGCGCGACCGCCGCUGGCUUCACCGGCGCUCCUGGCGACGAGCUGCGCCCGGGCGCGUGGGCGAUCACCGCGGACCUGCUGUGGGACGGCUGCGAGGACGAGGCGCGGCCAGGCCUCUGCGUCAUUGUGCGGGGGUCGCAGAUAGCAGAGGUGUGCCCUGUGGCGCUGGCGCGGGCGCGAGGCCUCCCCAUCGAGGAGCACCCUGGCUGCUGCCUGAUGCCCGGGCUGAUCGACGCGCACGUGCACGUUGAGCUCAGUGAGAACCAUCCGCUGAGCAAGCAGCCGGCCGGCGAGGGGGCGAGCGGUGCCAUGGCCGAGCGCGCACUGCGCAUGGUGCGGGCGGGCAUCACUGCUGCGCGCGACCUCGGCGGGCCCGCGUAUGGAGCGCUGUGGCUCAGGGACGAGAUCCUGGCUGGACGGCUGCCUGGCCCAAGGCUCCUCUGUGCGGGUCAGCCCAUCACCGUGCCCGGAGGCCACGUCCACCAGUGGGGCGGAGUGGUAUCCAGCUCCGCUGGGAUCAGGGAGGUGGUCGAGCAGCAGGCCGGAAGGGGAGCCGAUUGGAUCAAAGUCAUGGCCACGGGUGGCAUGCGUACCCCAGGCACCGACCCUUCGCGGGCGCAGUUCAGCCAGGACGAUCUGCAAGAGGUCGUCUCGGCCGCCAGUGCCCGCGGGCUCAAGGUGGCCGCCCACGCGCACGGCACCGAAGGCGUGGUGGGCGCAGUGGCCGCCGGCUGCCACACGGUCGAGCACUGCACCUGGAUCGGCGCCGGCUGGCAGUGGGGCUGCGUCGACUCUCGGGCCGUCGAGGUGUUGGCCGAGAUGGCGGGCAUGCCGCCGCAGGAGGCGCUCCGCGCCGCCACGUCGGCCAGCGCGCGGGCGCUGGGCCUGGGCGGCGAGUGCGGGCGCCUGGCCGCCGGGCUGGCGGCCGACCUGCUCGUGGUGCGCGGGGACCCCACCCGCGAGCUGCGGGCCCUGCGGAGGCCGCAGCUCGUCGUGGCGCGCGGGCGGCGGGUGGACCUGGCGGGCGGCUGGCCCCCGCCGCCGCCGGCGCCGCCACCCGCCCGGGGCCGUCCAGCGGCCAGAGGCGGGUCCCCCAGGGGGGGGGAGAGGUGGACCGGACUCCGUGGGGCUCCAGUCGGCUCCACGGGCUCCACGGAGCUCCGUCGGACUCCUCUGUGGGACUCCAGUGGGCUCCACACUGGGCUCCAUCGGAAUCCAUGGGACUCCCCUGGACUGCAUUGGAUUCCAUUGGAGUGCCCACAGGACUGCAUUGCUCCUCGUUGGUCGCUAUCGGACUCCGUGGACUCCAUUGGGCUCCGUUGGACUCUGGUGAAAUCCAUCAGACUCCAUCGGACUCCAUCGCGCUCCAGGAGACUCCAUAGGACUCCGUUGGAUUUUAUUUUGUUAGAUUCCAGCGGAUUCCGAAGGAUACCAAGGCCACUUAUUGCAAUACGCAGAGGAACCCAUGCGUAUACCCAAGAUCGUGCGAUGCCACAUGAUGGAAGGGGGGAACGGAUCCCCGUUAUCUGUUCACACUGUGAAUGUUAG